AUGGAUGCGCGACCACGAUUGACAGUCCCGGUCCUGCAAGCACUUGCGCUUGUAGCACCAAGUCUCUAUACGGGACUUGCCUUUACUUACAGCCAUGUCGUGAUCCCGCCGUUGACCACUCACGCCCCACCAAAGCUGCUCGCGAAGCAAUGGCUGCAGGCUUACCAAUUCGCGCCAAUCUACGUUGCACCUCUUAUCCUGCUCGGUGCAUCGAGCAACGCACUGCUAGCUUACCUGUCUGCUGGGUCAUCAUCGCAUGCAUCCUUACUCUACUCCGGAGCCGCCAUUAGCAUCGCCAGCAUUAUCCCAUACACCGCACUCUAUAUGGAACCAGGAAUCAAUGGUGCAGGCAAGUGGAAGGUACAAGAGCUGUUGCGGGGCGAAUUUGAGUUGAAGCGUGAGGGUCAGGGCACAGACAAAGACACAGCGAGGGCCAGCUGGAAAAGAUGGGCUGAGAACGUAGACAUGAAGACUAUUGCGGAAGUGUGGGCAAACACAAACUCCUGGCGGUACGUGAUCACAAGCAUAGCUACAGUGAUCAAAUUGACGGACGCAGCCUACGCGUUGAACUACACCUGGGCAGCUAGGCCACCAAGUGAGGGGCUCAACCGCCUAAAGUUCGGUCAGACACAUAGGCAACCCCUAAUCGCAACGGCGGCACGCAAGACUUCCCAAGCAACCAAAGAUUGUGCUUUCGAAUUUAUCAGGCAGCAACAGCUUUUCUCCAACACUUCAAUAACAAUCAUGACCAAUCCGCCCUGGCAGAGGCUCAGUCGCGACCAGCUAGUCAACAUUAUUGGCGAUUAUUACAGGUUUCUGACGAAACUCUACAUUCCAGAAUCAGCCCUCAAGUUCCCGCCUCAAGAGGGGUGGCCUGAUAUCACUCAAGAGACCACGAAAGACUUUCCCCGUACAUCGAUUGUGAUUGAUCUUCUUAAGCACCUGCCCUACAUCGACGAGGCCAAUGCCGGCCGGAUGAUAACUAACAUCCACUACAAAAGUGAUGUAGUAGAUUACUCAAGAUGGAAGCCACACCAGUGGACGGAAGACGAUCAACCAGGAGCAUUAUCGGUGCUAGAAAUGGCCGAGGAGUUUGCAGAGCGGAGGACGGAGGAGUCUGAGGACGAGGAUGAAGACGAAGGGUAUCUAUGGUACCGGGACGAGGACAGAGAUAAAGACGGCGAUGAUAAGGAAAACUGGUUCGACGGCGAUGAUCCUGAAGACAUCAAGAUGGAGAACAUGAUCGUCUUGGCCGAUGGCUACGAGAGCGGUGGCCGCAGUAUCAUCCUCGAUGUGUUCAAGGGCAACAUCUACGAAGACAUUCUCGAAUGCAGUGGUCUGAAAAGCGAAGAGACGGUUGAAGGCUAUUUCGACGAGCUGAAGACCAUGUUUGAAAACCUGGUAAUGGUCCCUGUUGAUGAAGAACACUUCGACGAAUCAUUGGUGAGCUCAACCGAUAAUGCCGCCCAGCAAUUCAGAAAAAUAUAUCGGAGCUUUGGAUGGCCUGGUGACGCUUAUGACAAAGAAGCGGCUGUCACGGCGGUCCGAGCACACGCACAACGCAGACACGACGCGAUGGAGGCUUCAGAAGCGGAAGAGUGA